AUGGCCAAGUCUCCUGGUGUGGCAUCAAGCAUGCAGGGGGGACCCAUCCUUCUCUCAUCUCCUGCUUCCUUUCCUGCAGGUGUAGGCAAGAGCAGUUUGCUGUUACGUUUUGCAGACAACACUUUCUCAGGCAGCUACAUCACCACCAUUGGCGUGGAUUUCAAGAUUCGGACGGUGGAGAUCAAUGGGGAGAAGGUGAAGCUGCAGAUCUGGGACACGGCGGGGCAGGAGCGCUUCCGCACCAUCACCUCCACGUAUUACCGGGGGACCCACGGGGUCAUUGUGGUUUAUGAUGUCACUAGUGCCGAGUCCUUUGUCAACGUUAAGCGGUGGCUUCAUGAAAUCAACCAGAACUGUGACGACGUGUGCCGAAUAUUAGUGGGGAAUAAGAAUGACGACCCUGAGCGGAAGGUGGUGGAGACAGAAGAUGCCUACAAAUUUGCCGGGCAGAUGGGGAUCCAGUUGUUUGAGACCAGCGCCAAGGAGAACGUCAACGUGGAAGAGAUGUUCAACUGCAUCACAGAGCUGGUCCUCCGAGCAAAGAAAGACAACUUAGCGAAACAGCAGCAGCAACAACAGAACGAUGUGGUGAAGCUCACGAAGAACAGUAAACGAAAGAAACGCUGCUGCUAAUGCCCCACCCAGCCCACUGCAGAGACUGCACUGCGGCCACUCCCCUGGCCUGAGGCCCGUGGGCUCCUCGGGGGACAGUCUCAGUUUCGUGCCGUUAUUUAAAGAAUUCUCUCCACGUUUUUGUAUUGGGAGGCGCCAUCGGCACUUCCUCCCCUCCCCCCUCGAGUGCCAAGAAGGUGUUGGACAACCUGCCCUUCCCUUCUGGUGCCCCUGCCCCCUGGCCAAGGCGCCUGGGCCCGGCAAGGACGCUGCCAGCCGAGCGGACUGAUUAACCAGAGUUUGUACAUAAUGUAUAUUGCUUUAACCAGCGCGUCACCCUCGUCCUGCUCUGGCUUUUGCCUCCUUAACGCCAGCCUGCUGCGACAGACCUUCCCUCCCCUCCCCAUCCCAUCUUACUGCCAGCAGCUCCCUGAGGAGCCAGGAUCGCAUUCUAGCCACAUCUUUUGCCAACCUGGGCUGGUGGAGUGGGCUCCAUGUUACUCGUUCUCCUAUAGGCUGUCGGCUUCUGUCCCUGGCACACGGGGUCUCCCCCAUCUCCAGGGCCUGUGCUGUCUCUGUUCCCAGCCCAGCUCCCUUCCUUCCCCAUCCCCAUUCUGGCAGCUGGGGAAUCCUGGCCCAGAGGUGGGCCUGGAGGUUCCUGUUAGAGGCCUUGCCCUCAGCUGGCCCUGCCCUUCGGUUCCACAGAAGGAGUCACUCCUGACCUUUGGCCAACAGAUUUCUUGUCCUGCCUUCUAGAUACCUCUGGGCUACAAACCCAGGGGAGCCGUGGCUUCUAAUUUAUACCAACCUGUUUCAGUUCCACCAGAAAGGCAGGGGAUAUUUGUGCAGGGAUGGGGCUUGCAGGGGGGCUAAGGAACAUUAUUUUAACAGAUAAAGCAAAUGAAGCCAAAUCAAAUGAAUUAAGUUCCUCACACCUUGUUUCUCUUCCUGAGGUUUGGUUGGCACAGCAGCAAAAGUUGUGGCCUCCCCACUUUGGGUCCAGUGUUUUUAGAAAAAGCGAAUGGCUUCCUGUCAUUGUGGGGCUGGGCUCUCUGCAGAGCAGCUCUGCCUUCUUGGCUGGUUCUUGGUGGGAAAGGAGAGGGGGGCCUUCCACCCUUGUCUGUGUCGGCCCCGCAUCUCCCACUGAGUUCCUGGGUCUCGGAUGCAGCACCAGGCACCUUUGAAUGUGGGGAGUGGGUGCCAGGGGCU